CGCCCCCCAUCCCGCGUGUCGUCUUUUUUCUCCCGCAAUGUAUUAACGAAGAACCCGCAAAGUGUUAAAUGUUUGAAAUACAAUACCGCCGAAUUCCAAAUGCUGAGAACGGACUCCGCUACUCGUGCGCGCGGCACUGGCGUGUCCGCGCAGUAGACUCUGCAAAGAAAAACUACUCUCACGCGCCGGCAAGUCCGCGGCUGCAAAAAGGACGCUGAAAAACUCUUUUUUUUUUCUUCUUCAUCUCCUUUUCUUUCUUUUUUUUCUUUUUUUUUUUUAAACUUAAGACAAACGCUUAAAAAUCAAACUGGCUCACGUUCUUCCCAACCAACCCAGUUUGACAGCUUCUCUUCACCCCACUUGGAGGACUGUCAGCAGCAAGAGGAUGGCAUCAGAGCUGGCAAUGAGCAACUCCGACCUGCCCACCAGUCCCCUGGCCAUGGAAUAUGUUAAUGACUUCGAUCUGAUGAAGUUUGAAGUGAAAAAGGAGCCGGUGGAGCCCGAUCGCAACAUCAGCCAGUGCAGUCGCCUUAUCGCCGGGGGAUCCUUGUCUUCCACCCCGAUGAGCACGCCGUGCAGCUCGGUGCCCCCUUCCCCAAGCUUCUCGGCGCCCAGUCCGGGCUCGGGGAGCGAGCAGAAGACACACAUAGAGGAUUUCUACUGGAUGUCCGGUUAUCAACAGCAGUUGAAUCCAGAGGCGCUGGGCUUCAGCCCCGAAGACGCAGUCGAGGCGCUGAUCAACAGCAGCCACCAGCUCCAGUCGUUCGAUGGCUACGCCAGGGGCCAGCAGUUCGCCGGGGCCGCCGCCGCCGCCGCAGCGGGAGGCACCAUGGCCGGGGAAGAGAUGGGCUCCGCCGCGGCGGUGGUGUCGGCAGUUAUCGCCGCGGCGGCCGCUCAGAACGGAGGGCAGCACCACCACCACCAUCACCACCACCACGGCGGCAACGGCCACCACCACCAGGCGCCGGGCGUCCAGUCCAACGGCACUUCUGGGACAGUUCACCCGCACAUGCGCCUCGACGACCGGUUUUCAGACGACCAGCUGGUCUCGAUGUCGGUGCGGGAGCUCAACCGGCAGCUGCGGGGGGUCAGCAAGGAAGAAGUGAUCCGGUUGAAACAGAAGAGGAGGACCCUAAAGAACAGAGGCUACGCGCAGUCCUGCCGGUACAAGCGAGUCCAGCAGCGGCACGUCCUGGAGGGAGAGAAGACGCACCUCAUCCAGCAGGUCGAUCACCUAAAGCAGGAGAUCUCCAGGCUGGUCCGGGAAAGGGACGCGUACAAAGAAAAGUAUGAGAAGCUCAUCAGCAACGGCUUCAGAGAAAAUGGAUCGAGCAGUGACAACAACCCUUCAUCCCCGGAGUUUUUCAUGUCAUCGAGAAAAUUCCUCCAUCUGUGAUUUCAAGCCCCAAUCCUCCGAGCCCUUUCCUCUCCGAGAACCCAACAGCAGGGCAGUGAUGACAUCAAGGCGGCUGACCAAUCGUAGGAAGACACCUACAAAGCACAACAUUCGAAAAAGACUUCACUAAAAACAAAAGACCCACCGAGAUUCCUACAGUGAAAUAAUUGAGAGCCUCUUAAGCUCCCUUUUCCUCCAUGAUAUUUUACCUCCAGCUUUUUUCUACAAAACAGCAAAAAGAAGAAAAAAAGGACAUUCUCACACUCAUGAGAUGGUUGACAAUGUCAGAUACAUUUGAAGGACUAUUUUCUCUUGGAUCAGAAGAUCAUCGAUGCAUGCCUAUGUAAAUAUAUCAUAAUAAAACCCUAUUCUUAUUCCUAAUAUAGAAAACAUACCAAGUCGCUCUCACCAACUUCAUAAACCACCAUAACUGUGGAUAGAGUACUCAUGGUUCAAUAUUUUCCAUAUGAAGUCAGUUUUCUUCCUGCUUCUUUAGAGACCAUGUAAUUAUCAUUUCCAAUGUAAUUCCUCUACUCUACUAUGGGAGUUAUUUGGAAUGUAAAAAAUCGUCUUCCUACUCUUCUUAUUCUCUUUACAUACCGGCCUCGUCUUCCUCUUGAAUAUCAACAGUAGUAGAUGUAUAUAGAGACGAAUGAAGACAACAGCAUGGCACAGACUAUAGUGUUUAUUUACCACUCCCCUAUUAGAUCACAAAUCUCAACACAUUGGUAAUUCAGUCAACCUUUUUAGAAGCCUAACAUACUCCUGAUAGUGUUAGAAAAUAGUCCCAUGUGUCUUAACACUUUUCUUGUGUAUUUAAAUAUAUACAUAAAGGCAUUAGCUAUAGGGAAUAUUAUUUUACUACCUUACAAGGAUUCUAAGGCAGCAUUUCCUUUGCAAUCGUCAAUCUGUUCCAUCAGGAAACAAACGGUCAAACUGAAGAUGAAAACCUCAAACCCACAAGUCAACCUGAGCACUGAUGAAUAUCAUAUUUUAAUAUUUUAUUAUUUUUAUUUCCUAUACUUACCUAUUUAUUCUCGCAAUUAUUGCCCUCUCCCUUCCAAUGUGUGGGUUGUAACUGCUGUGGAGAAUUUUCUGUCAACCAGUGAGCAACACAUUUUUUUUUUUGCAUCAUUGAAAACGGUGCUUCGAUCAUGAGCCUCCACAUGGGAAAAAAAGAACGCCUCAUUGAUUGCAAUGCAGACACGAGGACCCUCCGUCUUCUCUGGACUGCGAAGAACCAAAUGGACUGACAUAUAAUAUGCCACGUCAAUGAAGGUACAACCUCAUAUGUUACUCCAUCACUGGGGAUGACAGAAAACCUUUGCAUGGACAACAGGGGAAAAGAAAGGUUGUUGAACACCUCAUCUCCAUCAACUUGCAUCCUCUACCUCUCAGCUUGUUCUGUGCAUCUUGGGAACCAUGACUUAUCAACGACCCCUCUACUGUCCCUUCUAUUGCGAACUGCAUGCCCUCAGAGCCUCGUGGGGAAAGUGUCCAUUCCACUGAUGGAUGCAUAUGGCAAUGGGGCAAUACAAAACACUGGUUCACUUUGACAGAGAAGUACUCGCACAUACGAGCGCAUGCAUACAGAAACACAAUUAUACACAGCACCACUCCAAUAUGUUGCUGUAUAUAUGUAAAAUAUAUCAACUAUUAUAUCUCAGAUGCUGUACUUUGCAUGUUGAGGAUAUUCACCAUUGUUCAUGGAAAGAGGUUGUGUAGGUAGGCCUCCUUACUGGAUUGACCGAAUGAGCCAAUGCAAGCUCUUUGUCAGCUAGACAUCUCCCUCUUGGUCUUAAGAAAAUGUAUAGUUACAUGGCAGAAAUUGUUACCACCCUUCUAUUGCGAAAGGUCCUCUAUAGCCAACCAGAUAUGUGCAGAUACGUUUAAACUCUUUGAAGGGACACACAACCUCGCCUUUGAUGUCAGACAGAACCUGGCCACAGUGAACGUGGGUAGGAGAAGAGAGGAGGGAAGGAAAAAUGGGGCGCUCCAAUUAAGUGGCAGCACACAAAGUGGCAUGGGGCAAUCUGCCAGCAACUGUCUAUUCAUCCUAUGUCAAAGGGAUUUGCCGAUCUCAAUGAGUCUAUGCACUGCCAGAGAUGUCUGAGAGGACAGCAGCAAAAAGGAAGCAAGGCUGCGGAGAAAGGAUACAAGGCAAAAAUAAACCAAAAUGUAAGUUGUACUGAGCUUAUGUUCAAGAUUUCUUCUGGUGUUUUCCACUUAUAGAAUAUUCUUUUCUGACCGGCAAAACGCCGCGAUGUUCAAUAACCCCUUAACCUCACACUGUCACACCGUCAUGCGGUUCUCUGGGCUGUCAUGACCUCACGUCCUGUCUGAGGUUAUCUUUGUGUUAAUGAGCAUGACCAUUAGCUCAACCAGAUGUUUAGCCCUGUGGUUAAAUACUUAUACCCUUCUGUCCCAAUGGUCCUACAAUGCCUGCCCACAACAGCUGUAGACUUUUUAAGACACUCAGAAAACCUUGGUAGAACAUGAUAAGUAGGGAUGAAUUAGAUCAGAACGUUGUAUAACAGGUGUGUCCUUUUACGCUAAAAACAGAAUACAGGAGCUGUAGAUUACUUAAAUUAAGUGACGCAUGUGAAGCCAAUUCAUGUGACGAAAUAUUCUCAAUCCAAAUACCGUCGGCGCACAGUGGAUCACAUGAGGGUAUUUACAGCCAACAUGUAAACAAACUUAGACUUAGACGUGAUUAUUCAAAGACGAUUUAAAAUACUGUAAGGAUGAAGAUGUCACUCACACAUGAGAUGUUCUAUGUGGUAGGAAACAAGACAUUGAGCAAGUGCUGAUCUUCUCUGAGCCUCACAGCUUUCCACUUUCUUAGAAGUCAAACAAAGCUGCAUUUCUACGCAGCUGUAGCAGAUGUGUGACAGGCUCAUUUCCUCUGUUUCUGACUGCAAAUACUGCAGUGUUCAUGGCACUGUGGGUGCUUUUAUCUGGCAAUGACCCUGUGCGGGGUCAGCGCAGGCACGUAAACAUACAGAGACAGAGAGUCACAUACACAAUGUCUAAAAGUGCACACAAAUGCAUAGAGGCACAUUCAUGCUCAUCCUCUCUUUCACACACAUACACACACACAUACACACACACCAUGCUAAUCUAAACACAAGCCUGUAUGUAAACAGAUCUUCGACAUAAUGGGAUUGUUCAGUGUGCAAACAAUAAGCUGUUAGCGUAAUCACAGGUCAAAGAUAUAUUACCCAGAAGGCCACGCUGUUGGUAUAUUAACAUGAUGGAUACGUGGGAAAAAGGAAGGGGGCAGGGAUACGAAAGAUAUAGAGCACUACUGACUCAGAUUUACCUCCUAUUGGGCCCCGUGCGCGGUGUCUCCCACGUAUGGGCCCCACUUAAUCAGCCUCUUAUUCUCUGCCCCCCCCACUCACCUCUUUCAUAGACACAAGUUCCCAUCUUUCUUUUCUCUGCUCACCUCAACCCUGUCAUUUGCUGUCAAACUUGUUUUGGGAUUACCUAAACAAGGGUUUGGGUGAGCAAAAGAGCUCAAAAGGAAGCAUUUUCUAUUAUAAAGUUAGCGAUUCUCAUCAGUGUGAUAGAAAUAACAGCUACAUAGUUGAUCUAUACACCAAUGCUCAAUGCUCAUCACUCAACCAUGUGGAAAGGACCAUGCUUGUGUAUCUCAAUGUUUAGCAGCAUACAUGUUCCAAGCCAGCCAAGAUAAACCCUUUGUAGCUUACUCCACUGUAGCUUAUUAACUUAUCUCCACUUUAUUUGAUUACCUCACAGCCCAUUCUCUCAACUGGUUAAUAAGUAUUUGUCUUUCUCUGACUAAACACUCCAUUAGUGUCAUCACUGGCUGGCUUGUGUGUGUACUGGGUAUGACUGUGGACCACCGAGGCAGAUGCACAUCAGGGCAAAGUGAGUAAACACAGAGGCAGAACACUGGUGAGAAAAACAACGUCUAAGACAGAAUAUGGCUACAAAGGUGAAACAGUCAAGACCCCUCCCUGCAUCGCUGAGGUUUGGCUCAAGAUGUGUUCAGAAUACGGUCAUUCAGAUGAGUUAACAACUUAGAAAUGUAAAAAAUACUUCAAUUUCAACAAGGCUUACCAGUAAACAAUUUUAAUUUUAAAUGUCAAAAAGUUUAAAUUCAUUAACUUCACAUUGCAUAAUAGUGUUGUUGGGGUGUCAUGGUUUACGGUGACCUCAAGCCAGACAAGAGGUAGAGGGAGUCGGGUCAAAGGGGAAAGGAUAACAGUGAGGCAACCCGUGUCAACUGCUCUGCUUUAAACCUGAUUCACAUGUAUGAGCUCAACUUAUAAUUUGUACACACUGACAUUACUCACAUAAUUGAUGACUUGCUUGGGUAUUUUGACUUUAAGACAACUCGUAGAAAUACUCAAAAUGAAGCAUUGAAACAUCAUAGAUUUGAAUGCAGGGAUUGACUGGGUGACGGCUGUUCUAAUAGCCAGACAGAAGCAAAGAUAUAAAAGACCUCCUUAUGUCACAUAGUUAAUGGCAGGGAUGAAUAAUACAGCCCUUUAAAGCCCUUACUCCCACCUCAUUCUGGCCCGCGCAUAAGCUUGUGCUCUGGGUGAGCAGUUAGCCUUCAAGCCCCUCACUGAGAUGAGAUUGGCUCCCAAGAAGAUUUGUAGGGGCUGUUGGAGAGAAUCGGAUUAACCAAAAUGCCUCAAUUGGAGUAUAUGCUCUGGGCUGGUCUCGGUGUAAUACAAUGGAUAAAUGCUGUAAACCAAAACCGUUGCAUUUGAUUAAGUAAUGGAGAAAAACAGAUCCUUUUAGCAACUAUUAUCUGUGUUAGAAUAGCUGAAUAGCCGUCAUGUAAGGGUUGUAAGAGUAUCAAAAAACAGACAAAUGAAUUGUAUUCAUAGCGGUAGGGUCUUUUCCAAAUACUCAAGUCGCCACUUUAGAAAUAAAUCAAAAGAGAAAAAGAUAAAUGUCCAAAAUCUGUGCACAAGCAUUUCAGCCUGUGCACCACUUAGCUGUGCAGUCUGGGUUCUGACAGCUUGAUUGAGUUUCCUGCACCUGAGCCAGAAAAGAGACAAUUAACGGUAGCUUAACUAGACUCCAAUUUUCCGGUUUUGAAACACUAUUGAUGUGGCUAAUGUAUAUGGAAAACUCAGAAUGGACUUUCUUGUAGCCACACAAAUGUGAUCAUGAAAAUAAUGUAUGCACUCAGUCGGGGUCAGGUACACAGCGUGGCAAGAAAGGCGAUAGCAUUGAUUUGAUUUCCUCUGCCAUCUGAGGAUAGUUAUCCUUUGUGGGACAUAGGGGGGUCUGUCUUUAGGGUGUAAAAUAAAGAUUAAAGUGGCUCAAGGGACGAUGCUUGGAUACAUGCUGUUCCCCCCUGCUGUGAACAGGGUGUAAUCCUUCAGUUUCAAAGAAGUGAAAAGUUUGCAGAGUCCAGAAAGUUACGUAUCCGUCCCUUCUGGGCCCCCCAUAGAGCAGAGAGUGUGAAACAGCAGGGGAUAACCAUAUGCUAUCAAAGUAUGCUUCAAAGCUCUCGACUUUAGUCCACAAAAUUAUACAGCAUCAUCACAUAUACCUGAAAGAUAUACAAGAAAAAUAAUUGUGCAGCUAGACGCAUUAACAGAAAAAAACCCAAUACGGUUCUUACAAAUAUGGUUUCGGAAAUGUGUUGCCUUUCAACUGUGAAUGGGGUCAUUUUUUAAAUUUAUUCACAGUUAUUACUUCGUAGCCAGGUCUCAACACUGUGGGUAAGCUCAUGGUUUUGUAUUAACACGCUUUUACAUCACUGCUGCUGAUGGACAAUUAAACAUUGCCCCCCCUUCUCUGUUAGCAGAGGUUAAGUUGUGCUAGCCCCUCAUUUCAAUUGUACUGUACUAAAUGUCCACAUUAUUUCCCACAUGGGCCUGGAUGAGGUGUUUGAUUAUCCAAAGGUAGGCCUUGGUUGGCUCGGUUAUUGUCUGAGGGGUCGUAAGCUGCAGUAACUGCUUCUAGGGUCUUAUUGCUAUGGCUAUCAGCCCCUUGCCACUUGGCCCCUGCGACCCCAGUCAGAGAUAAGCUUUAUGGGAAAGCACAUUAACAUGCUCCUGCAGUCACCUCCCUCCUUUAUCAAAGGCAGUUCUGUGAAAUCAAGUGUUUAUGGACCCCCAGUGAGGGUAUAGUGCUGCUCAUUGCCUAUAUUACAGGUUGAGUGUAAAUGAGCAGGAAGGGGACAAAGGACCUGCACUAUUAGGGGAAUCAAGGGUGUUUUACUGAUGUUAUUCCAACUAAAUGAGAAAUAUCUUUAAUACAAUGAGCUGGAUUAUAAAUACUAGAUGCAGUCUAAAUAUAUCCAUGUCUUCCAAUCUUUCUACAAAAUACACUACCAUAACAUAAGGGAAGUAAAAUGUGUAAAUAGAUGUGAUGCAGCAUUACAUUUGUUAUUUAUUGUAUAUACAUUUUCUUUACUGUCUUCCUCUUUGUGUUACACUAACUACUGAUCCUGUUAAGUCCAACGGAUAUAUUUGACUUUUUCUGGAACGUGCUAUGUUGAUACGUGGCUACGGGAUGAUGGAUGGUGAUAGCCCUCGUGUCUUUGUACACAUUGGGGGCCCUACUGUUGUCACUGGACGAGUGGAGGGAGCGAAGAAGAGAAAGAUGUAGCCGCAGCUUAAUGUCCUUCCCUGGUGCUGUGCAUACUCUUUCCUAUUUGCUUUUCCCUUCACGGCACGGUUAACAUCGUAAAUUAACCUUUCCAAGCCCCCUGUGCUCAGAGACUGGUGCGCAAUAUAGACAAGGGGAGAAAAAAAGAGUAGAUCUAUGUUAUGCAAUGCAGUGCCAGUGGUCAGAGACAUAGGCUGUAACACAAUUGAGCGAUUCAUUUUUCAGUGAUAACAAAUAAAACGCCGCGUGUUCGUCAGGCAAGCAGACAUCCUACUUCAUGUGCAUGUCCUGUGUACUCUGCAGAUUGGUAUGAGGCUUCUUUGUGUUCUCCAUCUUAGAAAUGUAAAUGAAACACAUGAAAAGAAAAUGUAAUGUAGACCCUUCUCUUCUUAGUUCAACUGUGUAAAUAGGAUGUAAAUAUCAAACAGCUAUGCAUGCUAAUAUACAAGCAAUUUGUUCAGGUACUUUUGUAACCGAGACUUCACAUAUGGCAUGUAAUAAAAAAUGAAAAAAAUCAAACAUCGAAAUACAUAAUGAAUUGUGAACGCAAAUAUGGUUUGUAAACAACUUCAAAACUGGAAAAAAAUAUGUUUUUGCUGUUCAUUUUUUCCUACUGAUAACUAACGCAUUGGCCUGCCAUUUACUACAGUGCUCUGCUCAUGUUACUCGUUGUCCUUUUUUAAGUUUCAUAAAGAAGGGCUGAGGCAAAAAGGAUUGAUUUGUGGAAUUGUAGACGAGGGAAAGGAUGGCAGUGUUGACCGUACUCUUGUAGUUUUUGCAUUGCCACUGCACUUUACAUGCAUAGGCGUAAUGUAUUGUAACAUUUCCUUGGUGUCUAAAACCAGCCAACUAAAUUUUAUGGUAAAACUGUUUCUUGAUUUUGGUUAUCUCACCAAAAAUACGUAUCACCAGCUCUGAAGUGUGCCGUUAUUUUUAAAAACCCCAACCAACUAUAAAGCAGGUACAACAAGCAAUUUGGACUCAUUCAAAAAUCUCAAUAUUAUGAUUUGCUCGUAGGCACAUUUUGAAGUUUUUUUUUCUCCAUUAUUUCAGUUUAAGUGACAAUAAUUAUCUGUAUGCCAAAUUUGCCUCUGCCCUUGAAACUCUAAUGUGGCAUUUUUUGAAGACAGUGAUGGAAAAAGUAAGGAGAAAUCUGUUUGGUUUCUAAGAGUGUUUAUUUUCAACCAUGUUAGAACCAUGUUGUAUCCCAAGGCGGUCAUGGUAGAUGCAAGUGUCUAAUUUUUAACCUGUGCUAAAGAUAUUUUAAAUUUAAUAAAUAAUUAUUG